AUGCGGAUGAACUCCAUGCGGUUAGUUUCGAACUGUCUGAUAAUUCUCCUUCGGGCUUGGCCGUCUUCCGGCAAGUCAUGUGACAGGGGAAAACACAGGAUUUCCUCAACGUCGUCCGCCCGAUUAAACGGCGACAGCUAUUGCGUAUACUGCGUCGACCCCGACGACACUGUUGAGCACACGGUUUUUACCUGCCCGAGAUGGCUUGGCGACCGCGUUCGAAUGACUGAGAUCAUGAGGCGACCUCCGAACGCGGGCGACGUUGAGGAAAUCCUGUGUUUUCCCCUGUCACAUGACUUGCCGGAAGACGGCCAAGCCCGAAGGAGAAUUAUCAGACAGUUCGAAACUAACCGCAUGGAGUUCAUCCGCAUGGUCGAGACGAUUCUGUCGACCAAGGAAAAAGAUGAACGCGAGGAACAGGCCCUGCUAAGGGCACAGGGGAACGUGCGACCGCCCUGA